UUGAUCGGAUUGGAUAACCGAAAGUUUAGUAAUUGGAACCACCGCUCCACUUUAUUUGCAAUGUUUUCAUCAAAAACUGUACCAAUUGUAAGGGGAUUCCACAAGGGAGUGCAAUCCGCACGAGGCGUGGCGGUGUUGAAUGAAGUAACAAAGAAAUGUGUUCGCAAUCCGAACAAAUCCAGUCCCCUUACACACUUGCCAGACUACACUUUUAUGGACGGCCGGGUAACGCCGUAUGGGGCCAAUCAGAAAAAGCGCAUCCUUCAACAGCGAGAAAUUGCCAAACAAAUCGUAACACUAUCGAGGGAGAUGGAUUACGCCGUAGAGCGACACAACCGCAUUGAGACAGAAGCCAAAGAAACCCGACAGAAACUGCUUGCCGAGAAGCUGAAACCUAAGGGACAUUUAUUGCUUAAAAAGUCAACGUAAAUCAGUUGAUGGUAUUA